UCGACCUAGGCUCCACCCUGAGUGCCUCCAGUGUGAGGUGCUGGACUGGCUCUGUGUUGCCUGCUUGGGUUGAGGGUUUGCUCCUAGAAGAGGCAUGUGUUUCUCGUACAGCUGUCACAAGCGAGUGAGGGCUCCGGAGGUGGAGGGCCCAAGAGGGUGGGGAGCUCAGGCGUCAGCGAUAGCCAGAUUUCCAUCCAUCGGUCCGUCCAUCCAUCCAUCCAUCCAUCCAUCCAUCCAAUCAACAAGCCAUUCCGGAUUCUUCAGGAAUCCAGUCAUUCAUUUAUAUUUAGGUUAAAGAUCUUCCCCCUCUGCCCGGCCACCCACCGUCUGGGAAGUGAGGAGCGCCUCCGCCCGGCCACCCAUCGUCUGGGAAGUGAGGAGUGCCUCCGCCCGGCCGCCCCGUCCGGGAAGAAGUGAGGAGCGCCUCUGCCCGGCCGCCCCGCCCGGGAAGAAGUGAGGAGCGCCUCUGCCCGGCCGCCCCAUCCGGGAAGAAGUGAGGAGCGCCUCUGCCCGGCCGCCCCGUCCGGGAAGAAGUGAGGAGCGCCUCUGCCCGGCCGCCCCCGUCCGGGAAGAAGUGAGGAGCGCCUCUGCCCGGCCGCCCUGUCUGGGAAUUGAGGAGCGCCUCUGCCCGGCCGCCCCGUCCGGGAAGAAGUGAGGAGCGCCUCUGCCCGGGCGCCCCAUCCGGGAAGAAGUGAGGAGCGCCUCUGCCCGGCCGCCCCAUCCGGGAAGAAGUGAGGAGCGCCUCUGCCCGGCCGCCCCAUCCGGGAAGAAGUGAGGAGCGCCUCUGCCCGGUCACCCAUCGUCUGGGAAGUGAGGAGCGCCUCUGCCCGGCCACCCACCGUCUGGGAAGUGAGGAGCGCCUCUGCCCGACCGCCCCGUCUGGGAAGUGAGGAGCGCCUCUGCCCGGCCGCCCCGUCUGGGAAGUGAGGAGUGCCCCUACCCGGCCGCCCCGUCUGGGAAGUGAGGAGCGCCUCUGCCCGGCCGCCCCGUCCGGGAAGAAGUGAGGAGCGCCUCUGCCCGGCUGCCCCAUCCGGGAAGAAGUGAGGAGCGCCUCUGCCCGGCCGCCCCGUCCGGGAAGAAGUGAGGAGCGCCUCUGCCCGGCCGCCCCGUCCGGGAAGAAGUGAGGAGCGCCUCUGCCCGGCCGCCCCGACCGGGAAGAAGUGAGGAGCGCCUCUGCCCGGCCGCCCCGUCCGGGAAGAAGUGAGGAGCGCCUCUGCCCGGCCGCCCCGUCUGGGAAGUGAGGAGCGCCUCUGCCCGGCCGCCCCGGCCGCCCCGUCCGGGAAGAAAUGAGGAGCGCCUCUGCCCGGGCGCCCCAUCCGGGAAGAAGUGAGGAGCGCCCCUGCACAGCCACCCAUCGUCUGGGAAGUGAGGAGCGCCUCUGCCCGGCCACCCACCGUCUGGGAAGUGAGGAGCGCCUCUGCCCGGCCACCCCGUCCGGGAAGAAGUGAGGAGCGCCUCUGCCCGGCCGCCCCGUCCGGGAUGAAGUGAGGAGCGCCUCUGCCCGGCCGCCCCGUCUGGGAGGUGAGGAGCGCCUCUGCCCGGCCACCCAUCGUCUGGGAGGUGAGGAGCGCCUCUGCCAGGCCACCCAUCGUCUGGGAGGUGAGGAGCGCCUCUGCCCGGCCACCCAUCAUCUGGAAAGUGAGGAGCGCCUCUGCCCGGCUGCCCCAUCUGGGAAGUGAGGAGUGCCUCUGCCCGGACACCCAUCGUCUGGGAGAUGAGGAGCGCCUCUGCCCGGCCGCCCAUCGUCUGGGAAGUGAGGAGCGCCUCUGCCCGGCCACCCAUCGUCUGGGAAGUGAGGAGCGCCUCUGCCCGGCCACCCAUCGUCUGGGAAGUGAGGAGCGCCUCUGCCCGGCCACCUAUCGUCUGGGAAGAAGUGAGGAGCGUCUCUGCCUGGCCGCCCCGUCUGGGAAGUGAGGAGCCCCUCUGCCCGGCUGCCCCGUGUCUGGGUAGAAGUGAGGAGCGCCUCUGCCUGGCCGCUCCGUCUGGGAGGUCUACCACGGAGGCCAGAAGCAAUGUGGGGCUGGACGUGGUGGCUCACGCCUGUGGUCCCGGCACUCUAGGGGGCGAGGCGGGUUGAUCACUUCGGGCUAGGAGUUCGAGACCAGUCUGGCCAACUUGGCGAAACAUGAAGAAUACAACAGACAAACCAACCAACCAACUCAAUGACAACAAAACAGGUCUACCCUGGAGUCAUACUCUAAUUUUUUCUAUUUUCCUCCCUUUCUGAUCCUUUAUCCCACUUUCUUUUUCUUCCUCUUCCUUCUCCCUCUUCUUUGUCAAAUAGAGGAUUGAGUUAUUAUCACUGAUCCAUAUAAAGUCCCUCUCUCAUUUAUUUUAACUCCCACCCCCAUUUCUAUUCCCCGACUUCCCAUGUGCAACCUUCCUAAUAUGUUUGAUACGCAUCUUUUUGUUUGUAUGUAUUUUUAGAAAAUGUUUAUUGUUUUUGUAUGCAAAAAAAAUUAAUAAAAAAAAAAAAAAAAAAAGUACAAUAUGAAGAUCCUCUCUCUGGUUCCUCUCUAGAACGCAGUCUCGAGCCGCUCCCCCAACAAACCAUGGCUCUCUCCCGGCCGGGUCAUCUACAGCUCCGCCCCUCGUUUGCCUCGCUCCAUUCCCCUAACCUUGGCAUUCUGUCCUCAGGCCCCGCCUUCUUUGUUUCGUCACUCGGUUGCUUACCCUCAGAUAUCCCUUAACCCUAGGUAGGAGCACUCAGGAGGGAUACCGUCAUCUGCUGCUGUCGCCAUGGCGAUUAUUUCAACGCCCUGCCUCUUUACCCCAGGAAAACCUUCGAGGAACCCGUCACCAUGGAAACGAACACUCUGGACUCUUAGCGCGCCCUGGGCUGGCCCUGCUGCGUGGACAGGAGAGGAGCAAAACGCAACAAAGACGGGAUUAAUUACUCGGAGGCGGCGCCCCCUCCAAAGAAGGCCCCACCCGGCCCCGGCCUCACCCCUCCCCGAAAUAAUUCGAGGAAAUAUUCUGCGAAUACUGGGGGAGUGUCUUGUCCCCCUGUUCCCUCAAGGCCCACGGUCGCUUGAAUUCCACGGCAAGUCCUCCCGGACCUCUCAGGGCGAUCCCCUUCCGAAGCCCAGCCUCAGCCUCGCAAAGCCUCUAGUCGUUGGCCUUUUCGUUGCGAUUAUAUUCGAGAGGGAGCUUCAGAGGGCGCCGUGAGGUUCCCCUGUGCUUCCCCUUUGACCUUUGCCCUCUGCCCUCUUCGCUUCAAGAGGAGCCCUGGCUCUCUUAUUCUUUUUGUUGUUGUUGUUGAGACGGAGUCUUGCUCUGUCGCCAAGCUGGAGUGCAAUGGCGCGAUCUCGGCUCACUGCAACCUCCGUCUCCCGGGUUCAAGCGAUUCUCCUGCCUCAGCCUCCUGAGUAGCUGGGACUACAGGCACGCGCCACCACUCCUGGCUAAUUUUUGUAUGUUUAGUAGAGACGGGGUUUCACCAUAUUGUCCGGGAUGGUCUCGAUUUCUUGACCUUGUGGUCCGCCCACCUCGGCCUCCCAAAAUGCUGAGAUUACAGGCGUGAGCCACGGCUCCUGGCCCUCUGAUUCUUUUCGUCUAUCACUCUGUGCACUCAUUCAUACAUUUAUGUAGGUGCCCCGCGUUCCUCCGCAGUUCUCCACUACUCUGGCUUUUCUCUAAUACAAUUUAUUUUGUAUUAUUAUUUCUUUAAGACGGAGUCUCACUCUGUCGCCCAGGCUGGAGUGCAGUGGUGUGAUCUCGGCUCACUGUAACCUCCGCCUCCCAGGUUCAAGAGAUUCUCCUGCCUCAGCCUCCCGAGUAGCUAGGACUACAGGCGCGCGCCAUCACACCUGGCUAAUGUUUUUGUAUUUUUGGUAGAGACGGGGUUUCACCAUUGUUGCUCAGGCUGGUUGCGAACUCCUGACCUCGAAUGAUUCCCCCACCUUGGCCUCCUAAAGUGCUGGGAUUACAGACGUGAGCCACCAGGCCCGGCCAAUUUAUUUUAUUUUUAAAGUAUUAUCAUUGUUGUUAUUUGAGACAGCAGUGGCGCGAUCACUGCAGCCUCGACCUCCUGGGUUCAAGUGAUCCUCCCACCUCAGCCUCCCGAGUAGCUGGGACUACAGGCGCACGCCACCACGCCCCGCUAAUUUUUUUCAACUUUUUUUUGUAGUGAUGGGGUCUCUCGCUAUAUUGCCCAGGCUGGUCUCGAACUCUUGGGCUCAAGAGAUCCUCCCUCCUUGGCCUCCCACAAUAAUGGGGUUACAGUCGUGAGCCACUGCACCCGGCCUAAUACAGUUUUUUGUUUUUGUUUCUGUUUUUGGUUUUUUUUGAGACGGAGUCUCGCUCUUGUUGCCCAAGCUGGAGUGCAAUGGCACGAUCUCGGCUCACUGCAACCUCCGCCUCCCAUGUUCAAGCAAUUCUCCUGCCUCAGCCUCCCGAGUGGCUGGGAUUACAGGCGCACGCCGCCACGCCCAGCUAACUUUUGGUAUUUGUAGUAGAAACGGGGUUUCACCCUGUUAGCCAGGCUGGGCGCGAACUCCUGACCUCAGGUAAUCCACCCGCCUUGGCCUCCCAAAGUGCUGGGAUUACAGGCGUGAGCCACCGCAGUCCGGCCCUAAUAUAGUUUGUAAAUUCAUUCAUUCCAAGGCUCUUGGAAGGUGCUCAGUGGCGUGCGGUUUCCUCUCGAAUUUCUUUCUUCCCGCAGUCCUUCUGGGCGGGCGUCUCCCGGCUGUUUCUUCCCAUUUGCCCCUUUAUCAUCCUGAGACUGGAUAAUUCUUGGAUAGUCUGGGAGGUAGCAGGGAACCCAAGUUCGGAGCCUCGACCGGAACCUCCAGACGGGAAAUUGGAGCAGGUGGUGUCGUUCCUGGACGCUGAGGACCCCCUCCGCCCCUAACCCACAGCCCAACGAUCCUAAAAGUAAAAACCCUGAGUUUCUGAGUCAAGACUGAGCUGGUGGGGUGGGGAGCGACUAGGCGAGGCUGGGGAGCCCAGCAGGUCCCCAGCGGAGAAAAUGGGUGAAACGCCUGGGGCCGCGGUCUCCAGAAUUCGCCUGGGAGGGAGAGUGGCGCUACGGCGUCGCCUUCCUGGGGAGCCGCCUCGGGCUCCGGAUGUCCGCUGGGGCCAGACGCUUGGGUCCCGACGCGCGGUUCGCACUUCCCAGGUUUCUUCCCCAGGGAACAGAGCUUGAGCAGGAGGCCACCCCCGCGUCCUACCGGAGUUCUGAGGUGCGGUCAGGCGCGGAGAGCGGACGCCCAGCCCAGAUUCUGUGGGCGCCGGAGAUCAGGCCCACUGAGCUGCAGCUGAGCACAGGCAGGGCAGGAAAAAGGAUGAGGUGGGGGAAGGCGCUGGGUUCCUGGAACCCCAAGGAGACGCUGAGCUGAGUACGUAUCGCUUAGGAUCCAGGUGUCCUUGUUUUGGGAUGUCUGACAAGUGUCCCCAGGGUAUGAGAAGUGGGACUGGGCACCCCCUAUUAGCUUUUUUGUUUUUUUUGAGACAGACCACAUGUUUCCUAUCUUGGAAAAUGGUGCCACUUCCUUGUGCAAGCCUACCCCUGUUCCCUCACCCCUCGUUCAGUCCAACAGCAAAUCUGUCCAGUCUUCUAACUGUAUCUCAGGUUCAUUAGCCCCGCUUCCUCGUCCCUGCCCGUCUUCUGCCGGACCAGUCCGCCAUCUUGUGACCGGACUCGGGAAUAGCGCCCUACUUCCUGGCGGCCUCCACUCUUGACCCAAAUGCAGUGUGCAGCCAUGGCAAUCUUUUUUUUUUUUGAGACGGAGUCUCGCUCUGUCGCCCAGGCUGGAGUGCAGUGGCGCAAUCUCGGAUCACUGCAAGCUCCGCCUCCCGGGUUCACGCCAUUCUCCUGCCUCAGCCUCUCCGAGUAGCUGGGACUACAGGCGCCCGCCACCACGCCCGGCUAAUUUUUUGUAUUUUUAGUAGAGACGGGGUUUCACCGUGGUCUCGAUCUCCUGACCUCGUGAUCCGCCCGCCUCGGCCUCCCGAAGUGCUGGGAUUACAAGCGUGAGCCACUGCGCCCGGCCUCCGGCCGGCAAUCUUUUAUAAACAGAAAUCCGAUCAAGUUACUCCUCUGCCGAAAUCCCUCUGGUUGUGGUUCAACUGUCGAGGUGCUCCUGGCAGCACUCUGCCCUCCCCACAUCAUUGCUGGUUGACUUGUCUCCCCUACUAGACUGUGCCCUGUGAGGGUGGAAACUUUGUGCAGGGUUGUAUCCCCAACACCUGAUGCAGUGAUUCAGUAAACAUCUGUCCAAUUAAUAGGAAAGAAAGUUCCUUUUCUCAUUCCCCGAUUGCUGGUCCCCUUGCCCUCAAGCAGGAUGUUAUACCCCAGAGUGGCUGUGGGUGAGAACAUUCUGCCCCUCUGGCUAGUCUGGCACUGAUUUCCACCCUGAGCUGGUGUUGCCUCUCUCCUUCCUCUUGGCCAACCUCUCGUCCACCAAUAUAAGCCCAAACUGGAGGCCAGCAGGCAGUCAUGCGUUUUAUGGCAGGCCCUGCAAGGAGCCAGAGUCUGGGUCCGCCGUGCUUCCACAGCAGCCCCCAAGCCCUGUACACGGUCCUCUUAAUAGUGCUGGUCAUGAUGAGCUUGGUAUUUGGUAAGUUUGUUCCUGUCAAUUGGGAACCCCCUCAACCACUUCCAUUCCCCAAAUACCUGCACUGCUACCGAUGCCUCUUGGAGACCAAGGAGUUAGGGUGCCUUCUGGGAUCUGACAUCUGCCUCACCCCGGCUGGCAGCAGCUGCAUCACUCUCCACAUAAAGAACAGCAGCGGUUCUGAUGUCAUGGUGAGUGACUGCCGAAGUAAGGAGCAGAUGAGUGAUUGUUCAAAUACCCAAACUUCUCCGGUGUCUGGCUUCUGGAUAUUCUCUCAAUGCUGCUUCCUGGAUUUCUGCAAUGACCCUCAAAACAGAGGGCACUAUACUCCUUAUUGUGACUGCAACAACCUUUGGUGUAAAAUUCCACCAGUUUCCAGCCACCUUCCUGACUUCUAUCUGGGCUUGGCCAGGACUUCUAGUCCCUCAUACUAGCCCUCCUUGCUGCCCUCCUUGCCUCCCUCCAGUCACUGGACCCCAGCCUUGGCUCUUCCUCUUGGUUGAUGCCUUUCAGCACACUUACUCCUACUCUGCACCCCCAGCCCCACUGCCCACCAGGUUUCCUCUCUUGUCCCUAGUCCCUGGAUGUUUCUCCCAAAUAAAUUUGUGUGCAAACUGUUUUAAGGGA